AUGGAGUCCUUCUCCAUGUUGGCGGAUGUAGCGCGGGACCAUGAAAUCGAGCAAACUCGAGUCGAUGAAAAAGGCCCUAGAAGAAAGAUUGAGGGUAGUAACUCCCCAAACAAGAAGCCUAGGCAAGUUGAAGGUUCAAGUGGAGGGUUCGCAAGGAACGACAUUCCUUUUUGCCAUCAAUGCAAAAGGAACCAUCCGGGUGUGUGCAAAGCAUCGAUGAAGGGAUGUUAUAAUUGUGGACAGGUGGGGCAUAUGAGUCGAGAUUGCAAGGCGGGGCCGGAGAAGUCAAUCAUAUGCUUUAAAUGUUUUGAAGGGGGACACAUGAGGAGUUCUUGUCCUACACUAACCGAAGAAGAAAGGCAAGAGGAGAGGAGAAAGGAAGUGGAAAGAAGGAAUGCUCGAGCUUAUGGAAACCAACAAGGUAGGUCUUCCUAA